UGGCGAAAGAGAGUGUUCCGGAGGGCUGCGGUACAGGGUACACGGUCAGCAAUUAUUAUACCCAUGAUCAGGUUUUUACUUUACAAAUGGCGUUGAUUCAGCAAGUUGUAUUAAACUCCCGGCCAGGUACAGAAACGGGAAAGCAGAAAUCCAGGACAAUACGCUUCCGGGGAACACCUGGCAUAGGACCUGGGACAAGAACACGGAUUACGGGCUGAUCCUGGAAAAUCUGGGACGGUUGGUCACCCUGCUGUUGGAGGGGCUGUCUUUUGGAUGAAUGAUUAAACCAAGGCCCCAUCUAGCACCUCGGAUGGAUGUAAAUGAUCCCAAGGCACUAUUGGAAAAAGAGGAAGGGAGUUCUCUGCUGUGUCCUGGCCAAUAUUUAUCCUUCAACCAACAUCACAAGAACAGAUCAUCUGGGAAAAAUGGGGAGCCAGUUGCUGAGAAUUUUAGGACAGAAGAGGGUUACCUGCCUCAAGACUUGCAAGAGGGGCAGGUGAAAGUCUGCACCAAAUACCUGUCAGUGGAUCCUUAUAUGCGAUGCAGGAUGAACGAAGAUACCGGAGUAGAUUACCUGCGUCCAUGGCAAGUGUCUAGUGUCGUUACUGGCGGAGGAGUGGGUGUGGUUGAAGAAAGUAAACACCAGAAAUUUCAGCAAUGCGAUGUUGUGACUUCAUUCAGCUGGCCCUGGCAGUCACGGGCCGUUGUGGAUGGGGAAAUUCUGACCAAGCUUGACCCUCAGCUUGUUGGCGGACGUCUCUCCUAUUUCCUGGGUGUGGUGGGAAUGCCUGGCCUCAGCUCUUUGUUGGGUGUGAGAGAAAAGGGGCACGUGACACCAGGAGCUAAUCAAACAAUGGUCAUCAGUGGUGCUGCAGGGGUUUGUGGGAUGUUGGCUGGUCAGAUUGGUCGUCUUGAAGGAUGCGCCAGAGUAGUUGGGAUCUGUGGCACAGAUGAGAAGUGUCAGGUUUUGGUCUGUGAGAUGGGCUUUGAUGCAGCCAUCAACUAUAAGAGGGAUAACAUCGCGGAGAAGCUGCUGGAGUACUGUCCAGCUGGAGUGGACACUUACUUUGACAAUGUCGGAGGGGAUACCAGUAACACCGUCAUAAGCCAGAUGAAUCAGAACAGUCACAUCAUUCUUUGUGGCCAGAUCUCCCAGUACAAUAAAGAUGUGCCUUAUCCUCCUCCGUUGCCUCCCCACAUUGAGGCUAUCCUAAACGAGAGAAAUAUCACAAGAGAAAGAUUCAUGGUGCUGAAUUAUUCAGAUAAGCAUGAAGCGGGACUGGUCCAAUUGAGCCAGUGGCUGAAGGAGGGGAAGUUGAAGGUUCGUGAGACGGUGGUGAAAGGAUUGGAAAAUAUUGGAGCUGCUUUUCAGUCCAUGAUGAAAGGAGGAAACAUUGGGAAACAAAUUGUCCUUGUCUCUGACGGGUAAUAAAAUAAACUACCCAGUCACCCUGAAGAAGCUAGCAACUGGCUUAAUCGAGGGCACCAACAUCUCUUGUUGCUGUUGUGACUGACGCUGUUAUACUGAACCUGACCAUACAAUGAACUGAACGGACUCGAAACAUUAACCCUGUUUCUCUCGCUGCAGAUGCUGCCAUACCUGCUGAGUUUUUCUAGCAUUUUCUGUUUGUAUUAUCUACAAUGAACUGAAUGCACUUAUGGUUUCUCUCACCUUUAUCUUUGAUUAGGUGGCAGAGAAGGAAACACAACUAUGCACUACGCAGUUUUAUUUGUAUACCGCCUUGCUCCAGCAUGCAUUUUCCUUGGGCCCCGGUAUCCCAUCUGUUGUUAAAAUGCAUAUUGUACAAAACUAGUUCACAUCAAAAUAAAAGUCUUGUAAACAA